AUGGCUUUUGCUAUCCCAUUCGCGGCAUCAGCAGCCGUGGCAGCAGCGGCAAUACCACCAAAUAUCAAAGGUAGCAGAGCUGUAGUAUGUCCUCCAGGUGUGAGUCCCAUUACCUCGGAUGGUAUAACACCAUCCGGUUAUUUUGGUUUUAAGUUUACUUUUAUCUGUACUUACAUUGAUCAGCUGACUGACGAUGGUUAUUCGGGUGCUCUGUUGUGUAGUGAAGAUGGUACAUGGAUAGAUCAACCAGCUUGUCCAGGGGCAACGAUAGGAAUAUAUGUGAGUAAUACAGCUGGUACCGUUGUAACAGGUAUCUCUAUUCCCGAAUGCAUAUACUUAUGUAGAGAUAAUGCACAAUGUUUGACAUUAUCCUACUAUAAAAACGACUGCGUAUUAAUCAAUUUCAACUACACCACAUUAGAAGAUGUGUAUGGUAUUGUGUAUGAUAACGAUGGGUUACUUAUAACUGGUUUCUAA